UUAUGUCAGAAAAAUAUGAUAGUGAUUGUACAUAUAUUUCAAAUGCGGACGAUGUGUUUAGAGACCAGAAUGAAAAUACAUUCACGUCCAAUUUACGGAGGUCUCAACGGCUUUUACAAAAGUUGACAUCAGAGACCAACCCAGCAACUCAACUAUCUCAGACAAAAUCUAAAGAAUCACUAAAAAGAAAACUAUCUGAGGACUUACUACAAGACUUCAAUGAAACCUUUUCCAGCCAAAUGCUAUUAGGUCAGAAAAAUAUGCCAAUAUCAAAUAAUGAAAAUUUUAUGGAAAACAAAAAUAAUGAGGAUAAUGGUGAUGAAGUAAACCCUCAACACAACAUAGAAGUUAAUCCAAUCGAUUUGACUAAGAACGUAACUAAUAUAACUAACUUUAAAAAUAUUGAAAAUGAAAAUAAAAAAAGUAAUAUAGAUGAAAAUAGUGCUACAAUAAAUCAACAAAAUGAAGAAAAACAGCUACAAAAUAUAAAGCCAUUGAAUUCAAUUGAUAAAGAAAAUACAGGCUCGCAAUUGCAAAGAAAUGGGUACACCACUGAAAAACGUUGUAGAACACAAAAGUCGAAUUCGAAAAAAAAACAAAUUUCGAAACAAAGGAAAAAUACAGAUAAAAAGUUAACAAUUACUACAAAACGUUUAUAUAAAAAGCGUGCUACAUUGACAAAUCCACCGACCAAUUAUAUUAAUCUAACAGAAAUAGAAUCGUCAGCAGAAAAAGCUGAAACUCAGAUAAUGAAAAAUUUACCUAAACAAUAUUAUAACAUGAAUUUGUAUAAGCCACCCCUAUUUACUUUGAAUGCUAUAAGAAAUUCUCAGUUACCAGAAAUCUAUCCAGCACAUUUUGAACAUCAGUUACACCCAACGGAAACUACUAUUGUACCACAAAAUCACAAAAUUUAUGACAAAAAUUGUUCAUCAAAUGAUUUAGUGAUUGUACCUCAAGAAAAUUAUUAUCCUCCUACUCCAGAUUUUUCCCAAGCUUAUGAAAUAAAUACAUCAUCGUCUACACUUUCUCUACCAGAGUCACUACAUGGCGUUUUCGAUAGCAAUAAUAUACGCGAAAUUUUGAACGCAGAGAAAAUUGUGUACCACUUAAAUGAACACCAUACGAAAGUAUUGGCUAUGGUUUUUGAUUUAAAUGUGGAACAUUUAAAUGAUGUGCUAAAUAAAAUAGUUAAUUUGGAUAACAGUAUCUUACAAGAAGUUGAAGAGGCAUAUUCCAAUCUCACCGAUACAAACGACACCUCAAGUAGUACUGCAAGAACGCGUCCAUUCCAAACUGUAAACAAUAUAGAAAAGCUAGAAAAUACUCACGUACGAGAUAAUAAACGUGCUCUGUUAGAUGCUUGGUUUCCAAGUCAAAGACGAACGCAAUAAUAAAGACAUUGAAUAAAAU